AUGCCUCCCCUCGAGGCGAAGCCCACGGCCGAUGAGGUCGUCACGUAUGGAAGCACUCCGCCAACCGCUCCGCCCGACCUGAGGCUGCUCCACUACAAUGAUGUCUAUCAUCUGGACGCGUCUUCAGCUGAGCCCGUCGGUGGCAUCGCCCGCUUUAUGACCGUCUGCCACGAGUAUCAGAAGGGAGACCGUUUCAAAGACCAGCCCGCCUGUGUCACCCUCUUCUCUGGUGACGCCUUUAACCCCAGCCUAGAGAGCUCUAUAACUAAGGGCAGCCAUAUGGUGCCUAUCCUAAACGCACUCGGCACCGACUGUGCCAGCCUGGGCAACCACGAUCUCGACUUUGGUGUCAGCCAGUUCCGCAACCUGGCCGGGAAGUGUAGCUUUCCCUGGCUGAUUGCAAACGUCCUCGACCCUGCUCUUGGCUGCAAUGUCCCCAUCGGCAACGCUAAGCGGACACACAUCAUCACUGCCAGUAAUGGCUUAAAGAUCGGUAUUAUUGGGCUCGGGGAGCGGGAGUGGCUCGAGACCAUCAACUCUCUCCCGCCAGACCUCAUCUACAAGUCCGCCAGUGAGACCGCCAAGGAACUCAUCCCCCAGCUGCGCGCUGACGGUGCCGACCUGAUCGUGGCGCUCACCCACAUGCGCGAGCCAAAUGACAACAAGCUGGCUGAGAACGUUGGUGACCAGAUCGACAUCAUCUUGGGUGGCCACGACCACUACUACUCCCACAGCUUCAUCAACGGCUGUCACGUGCUGAGGUCCGGCACCGACUUCAAACAGCUCAGCUACAUCGAGGCCCGCAAAGCCCCUCCGGGCUCUCCUAGGCCGUGGCAAUUUGUCAUUUACCGCCGCGAUAUCGUCUCGUCCGUCGCCCAACACAGGCCCACCCUCGAGCUGGCAGAGAAGCUCACAGCGAAGCUCAAGCAGUCCCUCGAGAAGCCAGUGGGCUGGACUGCCGCACCCCUGGAUGCCCGUUUCACCACGGUGCGUCUGCGCGAAUCAAACAUAGGCAACUUCGUAUGUGACAUCAUGCGCCAUCACUACUCUGCUGACUGCUCCCUGAUGGCCGCCGGCACGAUACGCGGCGACCAAGUCUACCCUCCCGGUCCGAUCCGCGUCAAGGACAUCACAGACUGUUUCCCCUUUGAGGACCCUGUAGUUGUCAUCAAAGUUACUGGACAGGCCAUACGUGAGGCGCUCGAGAACUCUGUGAGUCUGUAUCCGGCACUGGAGGGGCGGUUCCCACAGGUCUCGAACAUCCGCUUCACGUUUGACCCCAAGAGGCCAGUGAGCGACAGAGUCACCGAGGUGGACAUUGCAGGCGAUGGGUACCUCCCAGAGAAGGUCUAUGUACUUGCUACGAGAGGCUAUAUGGGCCGUGGUAAAGACGGCUACAAAUCCCUUCUCAUCGAGGAAGAGGGUGGCCAAGCUGUCGAACUUGUCUCGGAGGAGAAUGGCAUUCUAAUCUCCAUGAUGUUGAGGCAAUAUUUCAUGUCCCUCAAGGUUCUUGAUCAAUGGGCUCAUAUGGGACCGUCCAUGAAACGCCAUUGGGGCAAGGUCGUUUCUAAUGUCACCAAGUCACACCCAUGCCUGGAGCCGAAACACACACCUGUUCAUGCCCAUAUAGCCGAGCACCCCGUCACGCCCGUCUCGAGUAAGGGAGGCAAGCGGGGUUGGGAACAUUACUCGCCGGAAAAGAUGCGCCAGAGGAGAAGCAGUGUGGGGCCACUGACGGAGAGGGAAACGGAUGUUGAGCGUGACAGCUCCAGUCCUUCUCCGGAGCCCAAACCAUUGGGUGGCAUCACAGAGGAAGAUGAUGAAGAAAUGGAACUUAGAAUCAUGAGGAAGACUUUCAGGAAAUGGUGCAAAAAGGCAGGGGUCAACGCAAAGGCCGGAGAGGGACUUGAGGAGAACGAAGUCGACUGUGACUGGACCAAGGCGAUUGCACCACAGGUCGAGGGGAGGAUUUCAAUGGUCGGAGAGUAA